AUCGCCAUCAUUUUCUUUUUAAUCUGUUGCGUGUGACGACAAGCGGCGUUUAUUCGACGCUGCGCUAAAAUUAUUGAGUAUUUUUUAAAUAUAGGGCCUGAAAAUGGGUGAUCAACCUGAAAUACAAACCGAAGCACUAUCGUUAGUUCAUCAAUUUCUCCUCACAGUCGACAAACAAUUGGCUCAAGAGUUACUGAAGAAGACCAAAGCGAAACCUCGUGCAAAGACCCUACCAUCAUUUAUAGACAUUCUACAAUGGUAUAAGAAAUUAAAAUGUUCUGAUGAUGUCAAAUCUGAUAAAGAGCCACCAAAGAAGGCAGCACCUCAAGUUAAUGGAAAAGUUCCAAUCAAAUCUGCCUUAAAUAAAAAAUCGAAAUCUUCGGAUUCUGACAGCUCUGAAGAUGAAAAGAAACCUGCGCAGGUCAAACCUAAAACUCAAACCCCUCUUAAAAAAGUGGAAUCUUCAAGUGACAGUGAUAGUAGUGAUGAUGCUACAUCUAAACCAACAAAACAACCCGUAAAACCUGGAACUCCUAAAGCUGCAGCAAAACCUGUUGUUAAAAAACAAGAUUCAUCUGAUGAUUCUGACAGUAGUGAAGAUGAGAAACCUAAACAGCAAAAGCCAGUUGCAAAACCUCAAGCUACCCCAGCGAAACCACCAGUGAAAAAUGAGUCUUCUUCGGAGGAUAGCAGCGAAGAUGAGAAACCUAAACAGCAAAAGCCGGUUGCAAAACCUCAAGCUACCCCAGCGAAACCACCAGUGAAAAAUGAGUCUUCGUCAGAGGAUAGUAGUGAAGAUGAGAAACCUAAACAGCGAAAGCCAGUGGCUAAACCUCAAGCUACCCCAGUGAAACCGCCGGUGAAAAAUGAGUCUUCUUCAGAGGAUAGCAGUGAAGAUGAGAAACCUAAACAGCGAAAGCCAGUUGCAAAACCUCAGGCUACCCCAGCAAAACCACCAGUAAAAAAUGAGUCUUCUUCAGAGGAUAGCAGUGAAGAUGAGAAACCUAAACAGCAAAAGCCAGUUGCAAAACCGCAAGUUACUCCAGCCAAAAAACAAGCAUCAUCUGAUGACAGCAGUGAUGAUGAUGAGCCAAAGGCCAAACAACAGAAAGCAAUCCCAGCCAAGGCUACUCCAGGUAAAAAGCAAGACUCGUCCUCGGAUGAUAGUGAUGAUUCUGAAGAUGAAAAGCCUAAAACUGCAGCUAAACCUCCUGUUAAACCAACACCUAAGAAGCAGGAGAUGUCUGAUAGCGAUAGCAGUGAUGAUGAAGAUGAGAAAUCCAAACAGAAGAUUAUUCCUAAACUUCAUCCCACACCAGCGAAACCUGCAGGUAAAGCAAAACCCCAAAAGAAAGACACCUCUUCUGAUGAUGAGAGCAGUGAGGAUGAAAAAUCGAAACCAGUACAAAAGCAACCUCCUAAACCAGCAGUAAAAGCUACACCUGCAAAAAAUGAUUCUUCAGAAGAUAGUGAAAGUGACAGUGAGGAUGAGAAACCUCAGAAGGCUGUACCAAAACCUACUCCUGCUAAGGCAGUUGCUAAAGUAACAUCUAAAAAGGACUCUUCAUCGGAAGAUGAUAGCAGCGACGAUGAAACACCUAAGACAGUUCACAAAUCUCCAGUAAAAACACAACCCAAGCCAGUUGCUAAGAAAGACUCUUCAUCCGAUGAUGACAGCAGUGAAGAUGAAAAACCUAAAAAAGCAGUUCAAAAGGCAACUCCUGCAAAACAAACAAAAAAAGAAGAAUCCUCUAGUGAAGAAGAUAGUGAUGAAGACGAUGGUCCUCCAGCAGCUAAAGUUCCUAAGAAAGCAGAAAAAUUCAAUCAGGUUGAAAAUGGGUUCCAAGCUGGCAAGAAAAGGAAAGCUUCAGAUGGAGAUUCAUCAACACCAGCUAAGCGACCUUAUAACAACUUUGUAAAGGACCCAGUAGAUUCAUCAACACCUAAUGAGAAAGAAAAUGACAAAAAUAAAAAACCAGUUCCGUUCAGGCGCGUCGUCUCCGAUAAAGUGGAAGUGGACCCUAGACUUAAGGACAAUUCAUUCGAAGCUAAGAGUGGAGCUCGCGGGUCAUGGGGAGAGCGCGCGAAUCUGGACUUGAAACACACGCGCGGCAAGUCCUUUAAACACGAGAAAACCAAGAAGAAGCGGGGCUCGUACCGCGGAGGUGCCAUCGACAAGGGCGUCUACUCUAUCAAGUUUGAAGAUUAACGUAAGAGACGGGUGAAAUAUAACUAUUUUCUUAAUUGUUAUAGGAUUAAUUAUAAAAUAUACUGUUUCAGUUUGUCAUGCUCUAUACAAGAACUAAAAAUAUUUUGUUUUACAUAAGUAUAACUUAAUUUGUACCUACUUAAAUAAAACAUAGUUCAGGUGAAACUAUUUUUUGUUACGCUUCUACUAUAAAGCAUGACUUGUUUCAUUUAUGAAUGAUUAGGUCCAAUGCAAUAGUAAUCAUUAGCAUUGAUACUAUUUUCAAAUAUUCUCAUUUCAAGUAUUAAGUGCGUGGAAGUGUGGCUGUGAUUGUUAUUAUUUUCAUAUUAUGUAAUAGCUGCUGAAUGUAAUGUUAAAAGUCAAAAUUCAGCUAUUCAUACGUGAUAAAGUUGCAUUGGGUUUAAUUCUUUGAACUUUUUAUAUACUUGUAUUUUAUUCAGGGAAAAAGUUAAAUUUUGUGUUGUUUUGUUUAUCUUGGUAAUUAUUACCAUACAAUUGACAUCAGAAUACUGGCAUCUACCAAAUUAUUUUAUGAUUUGAAAAUUUUAUACAGAUGAAUUCAUCUGAUGAUAAAGCAAAAUUAUUGAAGUAUGUAUAUAUUUUAUUAUUGCCAUAAGGGAACUUAAUUUUACUUGACUACGCGCUUUUGGAUUAUAAUAUUUCAAUUUUGUGAUAAUGGCCCCGAUUCCUGCAGACACCGCCUAAUUUUAUUUAAAGUUAUAUCCGUCAUUUUCAUAUCCGUCGAAAAGGAAAGGGACGGAUGAUUCACAGCUCUUAAUUUUAGGAAGAAUGAGUAAAAGAAUGUGUCGGGUUAUUGACAGAUGUAAAAUUUUUAGACGGUUGGUUUAGAUUUGUGCUUAAAAUUGACGUGUGUUCCAUAAAUUUUAUGCUUGUCGAUUACCCGUCCCUUUCCUUUUCGGCGGAUAAGAAAAUGACAGAUAUAACCUAAAAUAAAAUUAGAUGGUGUUUACAGGAAUUAGCACCAUUAUAUCACCAAUCACUAGAGAUGUACGACGUAUAAGCUAUUUUUUUUUCUAUUUUAUAAAUGUAAAUAAUUAUAAGUUGAUAUAUUAUUAUUAUUCAUAAAAUAGGUGUAACUUGCACUAAAUUUGUACAUGGUAGGUACAACUUAUGAUAAGGCAAUAGUGAAUUUCUCUUCAUGCAUUUAGAUUGUAAAUGUUUUUGGUUAAUAAGUCUUGUUAAGCCCGCCUUUAAGAAUAUUAAAGUUAUUAAGGUCA